AUGUCUGGUGAGGCAGGAACAGGGGGUGAAAUUAGAAGUCGAAAAACAGAAGUAGAUUGUACAGAAGACACAGUUGAUGGCCCUGGGGUUGGAACAGGCAAAACAAGUACUUCAGACACGCUUUCUCUAGAUAACAUCACAGAGGUUAUCUUCUGCGUCGACGCACAUAAACGUUUACUCUACUGUAACGCCAUCACUUCAUCUGGUAACGCCACAGAGAUGUACUUCUUUGGCACACAGCUGGCCAUCUCCCUCCUGGGCAUCAUCCCCGGCACCAUCUUCCUCAACCAAGUGAUGCUGCCUGUCUUGUACAACCUCAAGAUCGUGUCUCUCAACGAGUAUUUAGAGAUGAGGAUCAAGUCCAGAGUUCUACGCAAGGUAGGGACGGUGUGUCAGAUGGUGGUUUCCACGAUCUACAUGGGGAUGAGUUUGUAUGCUCCCUCGCUGACUCUCUCAACCGUCACCAACCUCUCCACACUCAGGUCUCUGAUCAUUAUGGGCACCAUCUGUACCUUCUAA